AUGGUAAUAAUUAAUUUGACCCUUGACUUUUUUGUCUGUUCUACCCAAUCAAGAACAAGAAAUUAUUUCUUCAAUAGCUUGUUUUCCGUGAGGUCAUUCUUCGUGGUAUAAAAAGACGGGAACUCGUGUUUUGACUUAUUAUUUCUUAUCCGAGAAAGAGUUUCAACAUGUCUGGUCGAGGUAAAGGAGGCAAAGGUCUAGGAAAAGGAGGCGCCAAGCGUCACCGAAAGAUUCUUCGUGACAACAUCCAAGGCAUCACCAAGCCAGCUAUCCGUCGUCUUGCUCGCCGUGGCGGUGUCAAGCGAAUCUCUGGCCUGAUCUACGAAGAGACUCGUGGUGUUCUCAAAGUUUUCCUUGAGAAUGUGAUCCGUGACGCUGUGACCUACACCGAGCACGCCAAACGCAAGACUGUGACAGCCAUGGAUGUGGUGUACGCUCUCAAACGUCAAGGACGUACUCUGUACGGAUUUGGCGGCUAGAUCUUUGCGCUACACACUCAAACAAACGGCUCUUUUAGGAGCCACCAAAUCUCUAGAAGUCAUAACCAAUAAAGUGUUUUCUUUAUCUUAAUAUAAACCUCUCGUUAGUUUGGGCAAUGAAGAAAGUGUUACAGUAGUAAACGAAAGUACGUUAAAUUUUGGAAUAUAAGUAACUUUCAGAAAUAUCGCUUUUAUUCUUGUGUAAUUUUGCUGUCGAGUUUCUAAGGAUCAUUACUUCUUGCGUAAGAGCAAUCAAACUGCACGCCGUUAUAAUUUAAAUUGCGCGCGUCGGUUACUGAACUGAUUUGCAUUCGUUACGAUCUUAACGGUUGACUUCACCGAAACUCAGUAUUAGUGUGAUUAGUGAAAACAAGUGUCCUGCAACGGUAACCUUUUAAAAAUGAGGCCUCGACCCGCCUUUUUUUAAAAUUUAUGCAUACCGGAAACUGCAAAGCAGUGAUGGCCAUUUUAAACAUAAGAAUUUAGUAAAAAGAAUGAUAGAUCGGUGCAUAUCUAGGGGUUUCUUGCUGGCUUCAUCGACUUAUUCGAAGAAGGGAGUAUCUACUUAGUUCAUAUAUAGUUCUCUUUAUGGUCAUGACUUUUAUAAUAUAUGGUGGCUCCUAA